AUGGAUCACAGCUUUCACGGACGCCCACCAACCCGCCGACGCGCUGCCCUCGGCGACGCCACCCUGCGUGCCAACGAGGACCACCGCUUGCGCUCGCCUCGAAGCAUUGGCGACAAGCCCAUUGCGCACGUCGUGCCGACCUCCUCCCCAAACCAGCUACCGCACAAUGAGUCGCUUGUCCCCAACGGAACACUCGCAGUUCAACACGAAGCACUCCCGUUGCCUUCACCCCAGCACAAGCGACUCUCUGCCGUGAUUGACGAGUGCCGGCCCCGCAACACAAAGCGCGAUUCAGAAAUAUCCAACGCGAGCACAAACGCGUCUACCGGUGGCCGUCGUAAGACACAUAUCGGCCCGUGGCAAUUGGGCAAGACAGUCGGCAAGGGUGGCUGCUCUCGUGUGCGCAUUGUGCGGCACAGUGGUACUGGGAAAUUUGGGGCCGCCAAGAUCAUAUCAAAGAGCACUGCAGAGAAGGUACGAGCUCUUAGCCUGGCCAACCUCUGCGAGAGCGCGCAGUAUGAUCCGACCCUCUUUGCCGGUGGCAAGGUCAUACCCUUCGGGCUGGAGCGCGAGAUCUGCAUUAUGAAGCUUCUGGAUCACCCAUAUAUUGUAAAAUUGUUUGAUAUCUGGGAGAACCGGAACGAGCUUUACCUGAUCAUGGAAUACGUCGAAGGUGGUGAACUCUUUGGCUACAUUGGCGAGCACGGUGGUAUCGAGGAGGUUGAAGUAGUCCACAUCUUCCGGCAGAUCAUUGCAGCCCUAUGGUACUGCCACCGACUCAACAUAUUCCACCGCGAUCUGAAGCCAGAGAACAUCUUGUUGGACAGGGACACCAUGACGAUCAAACUAGUGGACUUCGGCAUGGCUGCGCUGCAACCGCACGGCAAGAAGCUGACAACUCCCUGUGGCAGCCCUCAUUACGCUGCGCCCGAAGUGAUCAAAUCUCAGUCAUACGAUGGGGGCAAGGCUGACGUCUGGAGCUGUGGUGUGAUACUGUAUGUUUUGCUGACAGGCACGCCGCCCUUCAAUUACGACGGUCAUGACGCGGAGCACGAGAACCUGAAGCCUCUCUUCCGAGCGAUCACCCGCGCCGACUAUGUUAUGCCAGAGGGUCUCUCCCGGGAAGCGAAAGACCUGAUCCGAGCCAUACUUGUACCGGAUCCCAAGCGUCGCAUAUCAAUCGCGAAAAUCUGGGACCACCCCUUUAUGCGCAAGUAUGAUCGCGAAUUGGGAUUCCAUCGCACCGAAGAGCAGAUCAGGCUAUGGAUUCGUCCGUGUGCACCCGUUGAAUGGACCCCUCUGACUCGAUCCACCAUCGAUCGCGAGAUCCUCCGUUAUAUGCGCACCCUUUGGCACAGCGAGAAGGAGGAGGCGAUUAUUCAACGCCUUCUCAGCAAGGAUAAUCAGAAUCAUGAAAAAUUCUUCUACGCUGCCCUUCAGAAGUACCGGAACGAGCAAAUCGAGAACUAUAUGCCCAGCCCUCAUCAUCCCGUGGGUUACUCACAUAGCGACCAUCAUCAUCAGGCGCGACGUUCGCCGACUGCGAAGGACAUGCUGCAGUUACCGUCCAAAUAUCACAAGCGCUCACAGUCAGGAUAUUCGAUCUUGAACGAUGAGCAUCUUUAUUCGAAACAUAGUUUCUACGAGCCACCUUCAUCCGAUGUCAGCUACGAUCCGUUCAGGGCCUCGAGGGAGCCAGUCCUUCCCAACCAUGACCUCCACCAAAACAUCACAGUACACCGAGGACCGAGCUCUGCCAGCCGGAGAAUGAGGCCAACUACGGCUUUGGGACACCGUACAGGUAGCUCAUUGCGAGUCCAAGCCCUCACCAACUCGAAACGAGGGUCAGUGAUGACGCGGGCUUCCUCCAAGCGAAGCACGCCGUCACAGCGAUCUGCGCACAUACGUCGCAGCUCCGUGUCGCGCUCUUCUCUAGCGAGUUCUUACCUCCCCAGCAGCCCACCUGUGUUUAUCAGGCCGAACACCUCUGUCAAGCGAGGCGUGAGUUUUUCCCACUUGAGGCGACCCUCCGUAGCGACCGCACAUACGGCGGAAACCCCCUCCAUGCAGUACACACCUGAGCAACAAGGAUCCUCUAGUCAUCGAAGAGGCUCUAUAGGGUCGUCUCUGCGGUCAGCUAGACCUAGUACUGUGGGCGACUCCCCAUCUGUGAGACCGCUACCAAAAGUCGUAGCACGCCCAGCGAUUCCGCGGUUGCGUGUACGUCAAGCAGACAGUCCCAGCAAAUACAUUCAAAGCGCAGCUCGCAAAGUCAGCACUGAGUUGGAGAAACAUAUGGAAGAGGCCUUCAAUCGGUCUUCGAUCGGGUCCAGUAUCUGUACAUCAACAACUUCAGAUCCGCGCAAGGAUGCUUCUGGCUUCGAGACUCCGCCGACUACUUUCUCAAACCGAGAUUCCGGUGCGACUGGUACAGCAACACCAGAUCAAAAGACGAUGUAUCAACAUCGGCCACUUCCACCGGUCCCUACCGAGACGCCUAAUACGUUCCUUCAGCGAAAACUUGCCGAAACACGUGCCGAGAUUGCUCGUCGACUCGAAGAAAGCGGUGAUAGCACAGAGCACUUCAACGAAGUACUUGACAAUUUGGACCGUCUGAUGUUGCCUGCUACCAAUGUUGCGAAACGGACCUGCUCAGCGCCUGCCAAAUCUCCAGAACACCCUGCUCCGCUUCAUGUAAUCCCCGAAGAAGCAAAAGAAGACCGGUUCGAGCCCUAUCCAUCGAACUAUAGAGCUUUUACUGACCCUUUCGGGGCUAGUGGUCACGGACGUCCAGCCGACGAUGCAACUAUUCGUCUUGUUGAACAGUCCCCCACUCAUGUUGCUCCGCUUGCCAUACGGAAGAAGAGCGAGGCCAGCCGCUCUACUAAGAGCGAGAUUGGUCCUCUUGGAGUUCUAUGGCCUGGUCCUAUCCGCCACACUUCCGCUCCUUCGCGUCAACAAGCAGAGUCCAGUGCGCUUGCAGUGGGCACGAACCAAGUCGCGCCGUCGAACGGCGUUCCAGAAAAUGCAGAGAAGAAGGAAGCUACGGUGAAGAAGAAGAAGUCCUCGUGGUUCCGUCGUACGCCCGAGGAAAAGGACCGUCCGCACGAGGCUCAGUCGAAGCCUGUAUCUGAUCGUUUGCAGAUACCUGAGGCAUGGCAAGGCUUGGACGACCGCAUCAAGAAUGAUCCUCCAAAAGCCAGUACCCCUACUCCAGACUUUAGCAAGCAGCAUAUAAAGCACUCUGAUGGGAGCGCUGCAAGCGAAUUCCCUAUGCGCGGCUGUGGCACAACCGUCGGUAAGAGCGAGGGUGGCGGAGCUUUCAAGGGUUUCUUCGGUUUCUUCGGAAAGAAAGCAAAAGAGGACAAGAGCAAGCGUCCGCUGGAGUUGGAUAAUUUCAGCACGUCAUCGAUUCUUUCAAACGUCGAUGCGGAGGACACUGGAGAAUCUCUAGCACGUCCAGGGCAUCCGGAUUUCCAGAUGAACUGGCUUUCACGCUUUCUUCACAUCAAGCCCGCGAAUCGGGCCUUGUGCUUCCACAUCCGCCGUGGGAAGGUUCGACAAGAGCUGGUGUAUCUACUACGUGACUGGCAGCGCUACGGUGUCCGAGAUGUCACGUGUGACCGCAAUACCAAUAUCAUCCACGCUCGCGUGGAUAAGAACAACCGUCUCAAUCUCAAGCCUGUGGCAUUCGUCAUUGAGCUUUUCGUCGUCCUAGAAGACAACAAGCGUGCAAACCUGUGCCUUGCGCGCUUCACCCAAAUCCGCGGCGCCGCCUCCAGCUUCCGCCGAGCUGUCGAAGUCAUUGAAGACAUCUGCCGGGAGAAGCAUAUCCUUAUCGAAGACGAGCAGAAAAAGGCCGCCAUGUGUGAGAUUGUGAACUGA